AUGGCAAAACCGCAUCUUUCUGAACGCCCUCAAGUCGAUGGUGGCCGCUGGCGACUUGGUCCAAAACAAGGGAUCCUACAAGCUCAGCCCCGAUUACAAGAAGAAGCUUGCGAAGAAGCCAGCCGAAUCGAAGAAGGAGAAGCCUGCCGCGAAGGCCACCAAGAAGAAGACCACCACCGCCGCAAGCAAGAAGACGACCACUGCCGCCGCAAGCAAGAAGAAGACCACGCCGCCAAGGCCGAAAAGCCCAAGAAGGCGUCCGCCAAGAAAACGGAGACCAAGCCCAAGAAGAAGGCCGCCGCCACCAAGAAGAAGACCACCGAAACCAAGCCCAAGAAGAAGACGCCGGCCAAGAAGCCCGCCGCCAAGAAAACCACCACCAAGAAGAAGACGACCAAGAAAUAA